CGAUUACCUUUGCAUCGAGAGUCGUACUCUGAAGUCUGCGCUCUCCUGGUCACAUAUCUUACUUCUCUCCCAAAGCCACUCGUCCAUCGCUCCCUUGUAGAUGCUCUCUGGGCAUGGUGCGUCUCGCCCUCAAUAAUUCGUGCCGAGCAGCGCCAGCGCAGGCAUGGCGACGACGACGCAUCCGAGUCUUCUUCGUCUGACUCUGACUUGGAUGACGACACACCGAACUACAGCGCUCGGCUGCGCAAGCGUGAAGAGGCAUUGCUCAACUUGCCAUCUCUGCGAGUGCAGAUUGCUAUUGCCCGACAGGUGCUCCUCCUCCUUCCUCGGCGAUACUUCUCGAUACUCGCCUGUCUGCUCACAUUCUUCGCGACGCUGCAAGUCUGUCCCGAGAACGGACUCACCCCGGAGGAUGUCGGACGUAUAUUCGGCGGGGUGAUCGUUGGCGGCAGGACUCCUAAGAAAGAAUUGGCGCAGAGCAGGAGCGCGAGCAGCGGUGGAGAUGCGACGACGGACGAAAGAGGCGGAGAGCGACAGGAGGAGCGGGGCAGUGUACGGGAUAUACGUGAGAAGGACGACAAGGGCCAGAGGAUUGUUGCCUGGCUUGUGAAGCACUGGGAGCAGAUCUCGACCGCAUACGAGGCCGAAAGCGAAGAGCGUUUCGGACGCUGGCGGAGCCACUUGGCGUCACUAUCGCGAAACGGCACGCAAGAAGACGUACAGAGGACGAGGUCGCGAUCAUGCUCAAUGGUCGACCCGGGGAAUGGAGAGAGUCGACACACCUUCGCUCAACAAGAGCGACAGAGCAUCAGACAACCGCAACGGCAAUCAGUCGAUUGGCGAGAUCGCAAUCGCCCGACAGCGGCUUUCCGAGAUAAAGAUGAACAAAGUCCGAGACCGGGGAUGAAGCAUCGCCAGGCAUUUGUCGACCGGGAAGGCGAGAAGAAGAGGCGGAUGUCGAUGUCUGCUCCAUCAACAGAGAGCUCCGAGCCGGACGAUCGCGAUAUACUGCUAUCUCCGUUGGACUCGAAUAGCAUGACGCGACAGUCGCGGCCAUCCGCGAUCCCCGUUCGACAACGAGAAGAAUCAUUCCCUCCUCGCCAGGAUAGGGCCGCGCUCGGUUUGAAAUCGCUAGUUCCUCAGCAGAUUAACAUACCCGAAGAGGCUGUGGACGCCGAGCUGUUCGCAACCCCGGCGCCGUUCGAUUUGGCCGUUGACGGUGCGGACGAUGUUAGUAUAUACUCUACCGCGAGUAUGGACGAAGUUCAUCACAUGUACUCCAGCAGUCUCCUGCAUGAAACGCUUCCUACUCUUGAACGAUCGCUUGAGGUGGUCUUCGCCGACACUCCGCCGGUCCCGCCGCUGCACUGGUCGAAGCACCAAGAUGUCCGUGGCUUGGGCGCCGCUGACGCAUCAGCCAUGUCGCGAGCUGUGCUCAGGCAGGAGAACGCGGAGCUAAGGAAACGGCUAGAGGAGGCAUUGGGCGAGCGAGACCAGGCGAGGAAGGUGCUGAACGCUAUGCGCGGGUUGGUGGGCAGUCAAGCAAUGCUGGAUAGCACAUAGAUGUCAUCUAGGAAUAGUGAACACGCUCUUCAACCAGGUUCG